AUGGCUGCUUUCCAGCUGCCCUCUACUCCCGUCGAACUCUCGCCAUGGACCAACCACCAAGGCUCAUUACCACCAGAGGUUGACAUUGAAGGCAACAUCGAGCUAUCGGAAGGUCAUGGAAGUGCAAUCUACGAGAUCGGUGUCGCAGACGACGGCUCCUUUGUAGGAUUAUCGCCCCAGGACAUGGAAGUGUCCCUUCAGACGCUGCAACGGAUGGCUAACUUCUUGAAGGCUGAUGUCACGAUCCUCCGCCGAGAAUCUGUCGAAUCAACACAACAGGUCGACACAUCAUCAAUAGAGGAUGGGUCUAGCACAUCGGGAGUCGUUCGAAGGCGCCUUUCUACCAACAUUGGAUCUCCACAGACGGACCCAGAGUACUUGGUGGUCGAGGCACGGGUGACUUCUCGCUUGGCUGAACAUCACCUUUUCUUGGAGAUCAGAGUUGCGCUCAUCGGAGGACCGGAUGCUGGAAAGUCGACUCUUUUGGGACGACUGGCGCAUGGGAUUGCCGAUAAUGGCAGAGGGAAAGCGCGACUGAACUUGCUUCGACAUCGCCAUGAGAUCAGUACAGGAAGGACUUCCUCCAUCUCGCAUGAGAUCAUUGGGUUCACUGCCAAAGGAGAGACGGUCAACUACAACACGACCAACAUCUCCAGCUGGCAGGAAGUGUGCGAGUCCUCCGCCAAAGUGGUGACACUCCUCGAUACUUGUGGACACCCGCGUUUUCUCAAAACCACCAUCUCGGGACUGACAGGACAUGCGCCGGACUAUACCUGCCUCGUAGUCGACUCUCGAGUGGGUGGAGUGAAUGAGAUGACUCGAGAGCACCUUGCACUAUCUGUUGCUCUGGGGUUGCCCACCUUUGUGGUCGUCACCAAGAUGGACGUUGCUACCCGUGAUCAACUACGAGCGACUGUGACGGCAUUGAUGGGGCUGAUCAGAACUACUGGACCGUCUAUCAACGUCGAGGCUGGAGUUACCACAGGGCCCGAUUGCGAGACUAUUCUACCUAAGGCCAUACCAGUGAUUGUUCACAAUGAGAAGGAUCUAGAGAACAUUGUGAAACGCUUUUCGGACGACGGAGCUAUCAACGAGACCAAGUCAGUAGCGAUCCCUAUCCUGUUGCUCUCCAGCGUCACUGGAGAGAAUGUCAACCUACUGGAAAAGUUCUUGUUCUUGCUGCCUAAGCCUAGCCUGGACAACCGGGGCAGUGUCGACUCGCAGGAGCCAGCGUGUUAUCAGAUCGAAGAGAUCUAUAGCAUCCCAGAUAUUGGUACUGUUGUCGGAGGCUUUCUGCAUAAAGGCAGGAUCGAGAUCCAUGGCAUCGCAGGAGCAUCCCACGAAACGACACACCCUUCAACACAAGCGGUGUCAUCUAUAGAGGGUCAGCAGGGAUUAUUGGCACGGGCAAUUAACGGCAUGAGACUCUAUCUUGGACCAGUCGAUCGUGACGGGAGCUUUAUACCCGUGGUCGUCAAGUCCAUUCAUCGCCAGCGAAUGUCGAUGCGAUCCAUCGAGUCUGGGCAGACAGCAACACUGGCUAUUGAAGGACCGGGACUCAGUCGGGUGAAGGUGCGUCGUGGUAUGGUUGUGCUUGAGAGUGACACGGAUCCUCGUGGAACCUGCUGCCAAACCUUUGAGGCCGUCAUUCAGGUCCUGGCUCAUGAUGGUCUCUUUGGUGUUGGCUUCCAGGGUAUGAUCCAUUGUGGAUCUGUGCACCAGAACGCCAGAGUUGUUGGUAUUGAGCUACUGCAAACUCCGGGACAUGAGGAUGAGGUGUCGCCCGCAUUAGACAUCACGGAGGACCUAGGGCCCUCAGCUGAGCAACCAUUACGACCGACGAGUAGGGCCAGCAUUGCCGAGAGUGUUUGCAGUGGCCGAUCGAGCUCGCCCAGCUCUGACUAUGGAUCAGGAACAGGAUCGUCUGUGCCUGGAUCGGUUGCUGUGUCUAGGUCAAGCUCGUUCCGGCAGGACAACCUUCCUCCUGGAGAUCUGCCAGGAAAUGAUCAUAACUACCUCCGGCCGAGAGCGAAACGGAACCGUCAGCAGAGUAACCAGCAUGGAAUGAUUCCGAUUAGCACAGUCCGUACUUUCAGACAACUAUCAGUUCAACCACCCUCAGUUGGAUCGAGUUCUCGCCAGCAAUCUCAGGAAACAAGUGAGACUAUUGACAUCGAGGCUCACGAAGACUACAAGGAUCAGGAUCCGGUAGAGCUACAGACAGGCAGUCGAGCUCGUGUUGUAUUUCAGUUCUGUCAUGAUGUCGUCUUUAUGCGGGAGGGAACGACUGUUCUAUUCCGACAUGAAGGCACCAAGUGCGUGGGAAAAGUUUUGCGAAUGCUUUGA